AGUCAGACACUCUCAGUCGUCAGGUUUUAUCUCUCUCCUCCUCCUCCUCCUCCUCCUCCUCCUCUUCUUCUUCUUCUCUUGUCAUGACCCAUUUCAGGAGCGACUGCCACCGAGACAGAUACGCCGGGAUGAACGGCGAGCUGAGAGCCGGUCGCACCACGACAGCCAAGAGAGGAAGCGGCGCCCCUGACAGAUCUGACUACGAGAUGGAGUACGACAGAUACCCUGAUGAACACUACAACAGGGUGUUUGACUACCAGCGUGUCCCCUCCUCAGUCCCGGCGGAUCCCAGUCCUGUCAAACGACCCCGCCCUUCAUCUUCCUCCUCCUCCUCCUCUUCCUCUUCAACAGCAGCUCUGAGGACGAAGAGCAGCAGAGGUUCCAGCAAGAGCACCAACACACACACGUCCUCGUCUGACAGCAAAUUGAAGAUGGCGGAGCUGCUUGCCAUAAAGAGGGAGCUGACAGUGAUCAAGGUUCAGAUUGACGGCCUGUUGGACUGUGUGGACAAGAUGGACAGACAGAGGAAGGACUGUUCAGAGUGUCCUCAAGGCAGGGAGCCCAGUGUGUCGGACUCUCCUCACCGGGGUUCAGUCAGCAGCCUGGAGAGAGAAAGUCCUGAACCAGGAGAGGCCAGCGAGGACGAGCCGCUGCACUACCAGCACUACUACCCCCACAGCUACCCCCACAGGGUAAAUAUAUACCACUACUACCCCCACAGGGUAAAUAUAUACCACUACUACCCCCACAGCUACCCCCACAGGGACUCAAAGGAUCUGCCGUGA